AUGGAUUGCGCGCCACAAAUUGCAUCCGGCGAUCUAAGCAAGUUCACAAACCUACUCAAGCAUUCGCUGGAAAUCAUGGUGGUCAAGUGGCAAGACUCCGUUGAAGAUCUAGUUUUGGUAAAAUGUCGUGACCGUAUAACUUGGANGAAAAUCAAUUCUGUCUUCGAGUCCACCUAUCGAAAGAUCGUCGAAUUGGUGCUGCAAGCAUUGGCAGAAGCGCGUGACAUUACCAAAUAUUUGACGCCACUUGCCAAAAUGGUGGACACUUUCGAAUCGAAUCGCAUGGAGGACAACCGCGCUCAAUUGCGGCCGUUGCUACUAACCGUUGGCCUGGUGUGGGGUCAUUCAAAAUACUUUCACACUUUGGACAAUAUGGUUCUACUUUUCGAGCUGCUGCAUAACACAAUCAUUGAGAAUGUCAUACUAACCAUCGAACCGGAGAGUUGUUUUGGCGAUGUUGAUGAGGCGUAUAAGCGCAUUGUGACAAAUCUUGACCACUUAGACUACUACAAAAAAACUUAUGAAAGCUGCCGCUCUAGCUUGAAGAAAUUCAAAAUUGGCACAGAAUUCAAUUCACAAGAUUGGACAUGGCACCCGAAGACGAUUUUCGAUAGAUUCGAUCGCUUUGUAGAUCGACUUAAUGUGUUGAAGGGAAUCUUCGAUACUGGCCGUGAUUUCCUUAAGCUGGAAAAAAUCGUUGUCGGUG